UUGGCACCGAGUGGAAGUUUUGCUGAAACGUGACCCAACUCAUCGAAGUAGAUCAUCGGACAAAUGGCAGUGCCUUUUUCAAACACCAGCCUAAGAGUUCCUAGUGGGUUUGGAAACAUCCUGGAAGGGCUUGCCAGAGAAGUACUGCGAGAGCAACCUGCAGACAUCCCCACCUUCGCAGCCGGCUACUUCACAGCACUUCUUCAAAAAAGAGAGGAAAGUGGCCUAGAUCCAGCUGAAUGGGGUGCCCAGCUGGAGGACCGAUUCUACAAUAAUAACGCUUUCAGGGCUUCAGUAAAGCAGGAAAACUUCGGUUCUGUCAAACAAAGUGAAAGUCCUGUAAACAGAGACAAAGCUGGAUCUACUGAACAUAAUGAAGAUAAAACAUUCCCAUCACCUCAGAUCUCCUCACCUUUGUCUAAGACCCUUGAUGCCUCUGAGGACAUCGUGGAACCACAAAGCAACAUGCUGGAAAAGAAAACAGAUGAUUAUUCAGGAGAGACUGAACCUGAGUUCUCAUACAGGGGAACUGCUGAUAUUGACAUAUGUGCACAGGAGCUGAACACCAAGGAGCAAACACCAAGAAAUUUGGAGAGUUAUUUUGAUGAAGAAAAUGAUACAGUAGAGAAUGAAAUCUGUGCAUCAGAGCUAAAUCCUAUGCCCUUAUCGACGUAUCACGGACUGGCAGAUGUAGAUGUGUGUGGUGAAGAUCUACAGCCUGAUUUAUCAGUAAAUGAACACAAUAAAGCCAGCAGAGACAUGACUGAAGUGAGUUUUACUCAAGUUUCAGAAAGUCCAGAGCAUUUUCUGGUUGAGGAGGAAUCUCAAGAUGACCUAGAUACAGAUGAUGAAUUUUGUCUGCCUGGCGCUGAGAUUUCAGCACCUAUUAAAGAUGCUGCCCAAGAACUACAUGAUACUGAUAAGACAGAUACUUCCACAGUAGAGGAGGAGGGUAAAAUUAAUGCUGCUAAACCAAAAAAUGAGCAGCUACAAGUAAAGGAACCAUCAGAAAUCAAUGAUAUUUUAGAAUCAUUUGAUGAAAUGAGUACAGAUGAAGUAUUGGGGGCUGAAAUCCAAGAAGUGAAAGAUGUUUUGGCAGAAACUGAGGCCAUGAUUGAAUUAUCAUCAUCUAAUCUGGAAAACCUAGAGGAUAGCAGCAGCAAUGCCAAUACAGACAUUCAGAAUUUUGAAAAUACCACAAUUGUUGACGGUGAUUGGAUCCACCAAAGUGAAGACAUUCAUGAGGGUGACUGUGAGGCUAACUUGCAAGAACAAGAGAAAAUUGUUGACAAACCAACUGACUCUCAAGACACUUUAAAAACCACCCCUGAUGAUUCAAUGGGGAUAUCUAAAGGGCUGGCUGACAGCAAUCUCAGUGACUCUAUAAACAUGGAUGUUCAACAAGAUGACACAAAGACAUCUCAGCACGAUGUAUCUGAGUUUGAGGACACCUUUGAAGCAGGCAGCCUGAGUGAGGUUGUUGUAAAGGAGGACCGUUUGUUUCACAGUAUACCCACCCAGGUUCCUGGAGGAGCUCUCACCGAGCCUGCAUCAGGGGAAACCAAUGAUCCAAAUGAGACUCAGAUAAAGGAAGAGCAUUUGUUUCACAGUGUAUCCACUGAGGAAUCCACACCAGCUUCACGCGUACUACACGAAGAAAAUACUGACCUGAAGGACAACCAUUUGUUUCACACUAUACCCAGUAAUGAUUACGACAUACCUUCUCUUAAAUCUAAAUCAGUAGAAACUGAUGAAGAAAAUAACGACCUAAACGAGACAGAGACGGUAAAUGACGAUAAGUUUCACACUUUACCCACUCAUGUUUCUGGAGGAGCUUCUCAUGGGCCUACAGCUUUUGAAACUGAAGAGGACACUGAAGUCACCUAUGAAGAAUGUGCAGCAGAUUCACCAAUAGGUCAAGAUUAUAAAGAGUCUAGACUUCAAGAGGACAUCAGUCGUGAGGUUAUACUUGAAAACAAGGACAAGGAGCUGGACCAGCAGGAGGACAGCAGCCAGCCUCAGGAGGAGGAGGACAUCAUGGACAUCCCCUUGGAUGACCCCGAGGCCAACAAAGCAGCCGCCAAGAUCCAGGCGGGCUUCCGCGGCCACAUGACCCGGAAGAAGUUAAAACCGGGCGAAAAGCCGGGCGAGGAGGUGAGCAGCAGUGGUGAGGCGCUCAACGGCAGUCAGGGGGACGGAGCAGGAGGAUCAGAAGGAGUAGAGACAGAUGACACAUCCGUGCCGGAGCAGUGAGGAUUCUACACUCCAACCUUUUUAUGUAGACAAAGCCAGUAGUUAUAGGCUGGAUAUCCCAUCUGAUAUGAUAACUUUAUCUUCUGUCUUUCUUUUUCUAUUCCUUCGUCUUUUUUCGCUUUUUAUUCAGUCUAAGAGGAAUAGUUGCUCCAAACCAGCAUGCAUUUGCAUCUUCUGGGCAUGAACUUGAUGCAUUUGUACUUUUCUUGGUUGUGUUCUAGUAUAAUGGUGAUGUGAACGUGAGAAGGAAUAUCGUUUAAGACGUAGUGCUUGAAUGAGAUGUGUGUUAGACUUGAAAUGUUGCAUCACUGCUGUUUUUACAGUCAGUUUUUUCCUUUGUGUAGUUUAGUCGUAUGCAAACGUUUGUGCAGCCCCGGACAAAUGAUUUAUUUUUCAACUUUGUUGAUUUUUAAAGUGCAAAAAAGAAAACCGAACUGCAGCAACCUAUUUAAAUGAUUUCUUUAUGCAAAUAAAUAAUAAUGCACAUUUAUUAAUAUCUGAUGAACUUCAAACAUCCAAACACUACUAAGUCAAUUGCAACACAACUCAAUUUUCUAUAAUUAAGUAAUUUUUACUCACUUUUCAGUGCCCUGUGCUAGUUUCUAUUUAUUCUUGGGUCUUCUCGCAUGCACAGCAUGUUUAAGAUCUAAACACACUUUUUAUUUUCUUUCUUGAUGUACUGUAGUUCAUUUUGGGGUGUUUUGGAUUGUUUUGAUUGUUAUUCCAUUAUUUAACCGUGCACUGGUUCCUUGAUUCAUAUUUGGUUGGGUUUUGUUCAUCAAUUGCUUCCUCUUUUGAACAUAAAUAAUUCCAGUAACACGUCAUCACUCAACAGCAUCCGUUUCCAAAAUGCCCUUGGCUCACCUGCAUUUUGUUUUGAAUACUUUAGAUAUAAGGUACGUUUUUCUUCUGAUGAUCCUUCUGUGUAGAUCAUGUUUGUGCAGGCAGCAUGUACAGUAGAGCAGUGCACAAAUCCUUUGACACAAUAUCGGGGUUUUGUUUGUUGUUUAAGCCAAGUGUGCCAGAAGUUCUGUUUGAGAGGUUUUUUUUGUUCUUUUAGAUCUUGCAUUGAUUUAGUUCCUCUUAACUGCUUACACGACCUUGCGGAUUGCUGUUCUCUGCUUCGUCUGCAUCAGUUUGCUUUAUUUCUUAGAUUUCCAGUCAGAGCUGUCAAUAGUUCUGUAUUAGCAGAAGGUUUAAAGAGUCCUCUUGUCCUGCAUAACAAGUACUGGGACCUGCUGAGUAAAUAAAGCUUUAACUGGGAAGGUGUCUGAACCUUUUCACAUCCCACAGUUAAUAUUUUAUUUGUGUCUUUUUGUUCCUUUAAUAUUACGAACUAUAAAGUAACUCACCUGGUUCUGGUUGCCCAGAUUUUGGCAUGCUGUUGUUUGUAGGAUGUUUAAAUAUUUUAGGUUUGCUGUAUCCGGGUUUGUAAAUUAUUUAAAUCUAUUAUAUAUUCAUUCCUUUUCAUGUAUGUUGAACUGCUGUUUGUUUCGUUUCCUUGAAUUUUCUUCUUCUCGUCUUUAGAACUAGAAAAAAGAAAUCAGAGCUUCCAAAACAGCACUAAGCAUGGCUGGACUUCAACUUUGUUUUCCUUUCUGUCACAUUCUUCUUCUUCUUAUAUGUUUGAAAUUAUAAGUAUUUUGAUUUGACUAGGAAUGCAGGUUUAAUUAAACGACUAUUAAGAUGGUCUUGCAUGUGCAAAAUGUAAUAAAGCAUCAGCAGUAAACUGAAUAAAAGCUCUGAAAUGUCA